GCAUGACGCAUGACGCAUGACGAAGCCUCUCUUGGCCCAGCAACACGCAUGCACUGUAACCAUAGAAACAGACCAUACUGUUAAUUAUUAUCGUUGUUCUAUACUGUGCUGUAUGUAGCCUGUCGCUAGCUGGUUAGGUAGCUAACAUUUUUUUUGUGGGGGAAUUUGUCGUUGAUGCCACAAGUUAUGGUUGUACGAGUAGAAGAAGUUGCUGCAUCGCUUGUGCGGGAAUUUCUCAGUCGGAAGGGACUCAAGAGAACGAUUGCCUGCAUGGAUGAAGAGCAUCCCCGUACAGAUGCCAGCAUCAACAAUAGAUCCGAUCUGCGACAAAUUCUUCAUUUGGAAGGUCUAUAUAAAAACAACAAGGCCCAAGACUGUCCCCUGAAAUCAAUGUUGGAAAUCAUUGUAAGACAUCACAUUGAAGGACAUAAAGAGGACAGGCCAGGCUUCAACAGUGAAGUCAUCCAGACCGUAUCAACUACACAGAAGUUGGUGACAAAGUCUCCAAUAUUGACACCAACAGUGUAUGACCACAGCAGGGCAGAAGAGAACACUACUGGAUUUAUUUUCAACAAAACUGACAUGUCAAGGUCACUUUCAGAGGUUGUCUGUCCACCUCAUGGUACAUUGUCAUCAUUUGAAGUGUCAGAUACUCCCCAGAGAAGUUUCUGGAGCCAUAGCCUUUCGUCAGAGGGCCAGCAGGACCGACAGCCUGUACCCUCCUUCCUAGACAAUGACAGCGCCGCUAAACGGGAGUCCUUUUCAGACAAAAACACGGUCGUCACCACAGAGAGUACUCAUAAGAACAAAACAAGUCGCCUCAGACGAGGCAUGAUGGCAGGUCCCAUAGCUAGUUCCCCCCAGGAAUCGAAUAGAAAACGUCAGACUCGACGGUUGGGAGGCCCUAAUCUUCUCCUGGCAAAUAAUGAAAACCACAAAAACAUCAGCGAUGGGCCUCUGUUGACUACUGUCCAGUCACAGAGAAUGGUUAAAGGGUUGACAGAGCUCUCCACUGCUGACCCCAUGAGAGAAAGCCAACAGCCGCGGCGCAGCACACUGGGAAAAGGAUUUGAUGAAGAUGGCUAUGGGUUUGAGAGAGUAGGAAAAGACAAGCACAAGACCAGAAGAACAAAAUCAAUGACCAAUCAAAAUGUUGAUCUGCACAUGUCGGAGAUGAUUUUGGAUGACAUUGAUGAUGAUGAGGAGUUGCGUGAGCUCUCCAGAGUGUCCUGCCACUCCUCCAGUUUGCCUCCAACCACUUCUGAUAGUCAACCCAUGGACCAGCAUACUGCCAUUGCCCUGAAAGAGCUCAUCCUUGGCUCCAGCACCAGUUGUUUCAGUGCCGAGUGGAGGAGUCAGAGUUUCACUUUCUCCGAUGCACCUGAUCUGAGAUAUGGACUUGUUCAGAAGAAGGGUGGUCCUUGUGGAGUUCUGGCUUCAGUCCAGGCUUGUAUUCUGCAGAAACUUCUAUUUGAGGGGACCGGCAGCGACGCAGGGCACCAGAGAUUAAGACCCUCUGGUGCUGUGAGAACAAAGUGCCUCACUUUAGCCACUGCUGAGAUCCUGUGGAGGGCUGGGGAGGGGAAAAAAGCCACCAUCGCCAUAACAUCAGGAAGAAAUCAUUUCACCCCUACAGGACACCAUAGAUCUGAAGGAGUACUAGAAAAGAUGACAUGUAUUGAUGUUGACAAUCUAAAGGACCUUCAGUUGCUUGUGGAACAGCAUAUUCAACAGUUUGAGUCGGGAGCCUUAGGGUGUAUAUUGCUCACCAUCUCUGCUAUUCUCUCCAGAUCUAUUGACCGGGUUAGAGAGGAUAUGGAUGUCCCCAACACCACACUCAUUGGAGCCCAUGGCUACUGCACACAGGAGCUUGUCAAUUUAUUGCUGUGUGGACAGGCUGUGUCCAAUGUCUUCAACAACAAUAUGGAGCUGGAUUCAGGCAAUGGAAACCUGACUCUUCUCAAGGGAAUAAGAUGUCGCAGUGACAUUGGACUGCUGUCCUUAUUUGAACAUUAUAAUAUAUGCAAGGUUGGCUCCAACCUGAAGACUCCCAAGUUCCCUAUCUGGGUGGUGUGCAGUGAGAGCCAUUUCAGCGUGCUCUUUGGUGUGCAGGAGCUGCUGAGCGACCAGUGUGUGAUCGGGGAGUUUGACCUGUACUACUACGACGGCCUAGCCAAUCAGCAGGAGGAAAUCUGCCUAACUGUCUUUGUAGGUACCUCAGGAAUAUCUGCUGGCUGCCAAGGUGUGGACACUGAUCUCAUUCCUCCUCUUGAACACUGUAUACGGACCAAAUGGAAAGAUGCCAUUGUCAAUUGGAAUGCCACCGAGCCCAUACUUUGACUGGCUAGUGGAUAGUAGGUGAUGACUGUAGAUGAGACUGGGCCUACCCCAUGGCUGAAGACACAAAAUAUACUGCUUUCUUAUUGCAAAAUAUGCCAUUUAGCAAACACUUUUAUCCAAAGUGACUUAUAGUCAUGCAUGUGUUACAGAUUAAAUAGAUUUACUUACAGUAGCUGUGCAUGGGUAAAAUCACUGGGGAAGCCAUGCCCCCCCCCCCCAAAAAGCCAUAUUACAACUUACUGUGUGUGUUGUGAUAAUUGCGUUGUUUGCUCUAGAACCUGUUAGUUCAUAUGCCUUGCCACUGUGAUAUAUAGGCCUAAGGCCGAGACAGUAAGAAGACAUAGUGGCAGAAUAAAUUCAACCACACCUUUGUUUAGUCAUAAAACCGGAGAGAAACCUCUGUCCGGUGGAGUCCACAAAUCAUAUUGCUUGUAGCAAACAGUUAUAUGACCUACAGCAUAAUCAAGCAAGUUAAUGACAGAGAGUUAACAUAAGGAGCUGCCUCCACUAUUCCAGGAGGCACCAAUUCUACUUCAACAUUUCAACAUCUCAACAUCAUCUAGUCAAAUCCCCUAUGCUUGGUCUAAUACAGUGACAACUAAAAGAUACCAAAAACGAUUUGGUCCAAUCAACGUAAGCUAAAUGUGAUGUGGCUGUCCAUGGUUCUGCUUUGUCUCUCUGUGUGCGUGCAUUCGUGCAAGUAGAAUUAACAUGUUGACUCACCCUACUUGUAGAGAAACGCCAAUGCCAUCAUCUCCUUUCAUGUCGAUGAAAUGGUCUAUGACUGUCAUUCAGUACACGCUUUUAGUUUUUGCUGUCCUAGGCUACCUGGCUAAAAUGCUUGCUAGCUAGCUUAACUUACUUUCAUGGGCAACAAUGCUCCAGGCCAGCUAGUUAACAUUAGUCUACUAUGUCUAGCUACAUAUUGAACCUCCAUCCUCUCAGGCCAGGGGCACAAUGUAUGAAUUAAUGUUUGGAUCAUUAUCACCAUUAUAAUCAUUGGCCCGUACAGAGAAUUAAAGCUGCAUUGUGUAACUUUUUGGGCGUCCCAAUCAAAUUCACAUAGAAAUGGGAGUUAUAGAUCUAUCAUUCUCAUUGAAAUCAAGUCUUAAGAAGUGGUAGAUCUGUUCUAUGCGCACAUUUUUUAUGCUUCCCGGUUUUUGUGUCUCUUACUUUCGGUUUUGUACACCAGCUUCAAAUAGCUGAAAAUAUUUUUGGUUAUGGAAAAUAUAUUUAUUUCACUGCGGUUUAGAUCGUACAAUGAUUCUCUACACUAUUCUUGCUUGUUUUGUCACAUAAACUGAAAUUAGGUGAACUAUUAGACUUGAAACAACCAGGAAAUGAUUUCUGCAUAGUGCAUCCUUAAAUAAAACCACAAAUCCAAAUCCCUAUCUCCAUCCAUGGCUAAUUUAGGAAAGGGACCAAUUUAGCUAACUAGCUAGCUAGCCACCGGAAGACAACAACAUAACGAGAUGCAACAAUUCUGUUUUUUUUUCCUGGCAAUUCAAUAUUAGGAAGGUAUUGUGAAAGUUGCACUAUGCAGAAAUCGCUCCGCCAUUUCCUGUUUGAUGAAAUUCUAAUAGUUACUGUAAUUUUAAUCUAUGUGACAAAAUAAGAUGGUACAGUGUAGAGAAUCACUGUACCAUCUAAACCACUGUGAAAUAGAUUUUACAUAACCACAAAUAUUUUAUAUUCAGGUGUUUUGAAGCUGGUGUACAAAACCAGAAGUAAACAAUGCAAAAAUAAAAGUUAAGAAUGGAAAGCAUAGAAGCAUAGACUUGUUUUCAAGUUGAAUGAUAGAUUUAUAACCCACAUUUCUAUGUGAAUUUGGUCAGGUCGCACAAAAAGUUACAUUUUGGCACUUUACUGUUUUGGACAGUCAGUGUAUUUGUAUUGAAUAAAACAGGGUUCUCCAACCCUGUUCCUGGAGAGCUUCCAUUCUGUCGAUUUUUGAUCCAACUCUGUUCCUGGAGAGCUUCAAUCCUGUUGAUUUUUGUUCCAACCCGGUUCCUGGAGAGCUUCCAUCCUGUCGAUUUUCUCUCCAACCCUAAUCUAGCACACCUGAAUCAGGUUAGAGCGAAAUGGGGUUGCUCUCCAGGAACAGGGUUGGAGACCCAUGGUAUAAAAUAUAUUAUUUGUAUAAAUAUUAUUGUAUUUCAUCAACAACCACAUGUGUUGACACGAUCAUGGAGGCCAUUUUGUACAUGUAAUUUACAUUUUAAUCAUUUAGCAGAUGCUCUUAUCCAGAGUGACUUACAGGAUCAAGUAGGAUUAAGUGCCUUGCUCAAGGUCACAUUGACAGGUUUUUCACCUAGUCCGCUCGGGGAUUUGAACCAGCGACUUUUCGGUUACUGGCACUUAACCACUAGGCUAGUCGCUGCCCCCAGGUAGCCUAAUUGUUUUUGAAUGCCUGAAGAUGUUCUUAUAAGUGGUGCAGGAAAUGUUGAUUCAUACGUCUUAAAACAAGUCUUUACCUCAUAAUCUUUUACAUGGACAUGCCCAAUAUAAAGAGGAGUGCCUUGGAUUUGUUGUAGCCUAUGACAUGCAGCUUUCAUGACCAUCAGUCUUAAAGGUAGAGUCAGCGGUUAUUUCUGCAACAGCUAAGAGCAUCUUGCAUCUCGCUCAUCACAAUAUCAUCUGUGCGGCUUGUGGCAAUGUCAUUUAGCUCACUCUACCUUUUAAUGUAUGACAAUAUCCAUAAGGGAUUAUUAUAUUUCAAACAUUAUUCUAUUACAUGCCGUAUAUACUUCAUAUCUAACCAUUUGAUGUUAUUUGUGAAAUGGACAUGUGUAUUUUUGACUAUAAAACAUUUUUGACUGUAGAUGUUUUAUUUGAAUGGUCAGAGUUGUAAAAUAAUUAGUUUUAUUAAUUUAAAAGUUGUGGAUCACCUGUAUCUUGCCUUUUGUCUUCUGUGAAUGACUGCACUUGGACACAUGCAAUGCCUUGAUUGUCCUCUUGCUGCCACUGUUGAGUUGUAUAUGGAUCCUGAAUGUUGUCAACAUUGCUCACUCUUGGUUUCCAUGACAAAAGAGAAGAUAUAUGAAAUGUUUAUGUUUGCCAAAUCAAAAUCGAAUAAAAUUGUAUUGGUCGCAUGCA